AUGUUUUUUACUCUUCAAAUUCUUUCUUACUUCUCUCUUUUUUUCUUUCUCCUUCUUCGCUUUCUUUUUUUCUUUUAUUUUUGUCUUUUUCUUGUAGUUUUUUUUCUUUUUCUAACUUUUUUUUUUCUCUCUCUUGAUUUUUUUCUUUUUCCUUUUUUACUGUUUUACAAUUCUAAUUCCUUGUCCUUUCUUUUCUCUUUUUCUUUCUUUCUUUCUCUUUUUUCCAUUUCUUCACCCCCUUUAUUUUCACCUUUUCCUUCCAGUUUUUUUUUUGGGAGGGGGGGCCUACCCUCAUUCUCUUUCUCUCAUUCUCUGUCUCUGUCUCUGUCUCUGUCUCUCUCUCUCUCUCUCUCUCUAUCUAUCUAUCUAUCUAUCUAUCUAUCUAUCUAUCUAUCCAUCCAUCUAUCUAUAUUCCCCUUUUUUUUCCUUUUCAUCUCUUUCUGUUUUGCUUUUCUCUCUUGUCUAUAUCUUUCUCUCACUCCUAGCCCCUUCUCUCUAUAUCUAUCUAUCUAUCUAUCUAUCUAUCUAUCUAUCUAUCUAUCUAUCUAUCCGAAUCUGUUCAUUAUCUAUUCAUUAUCUAUCUAUCUAUCUAUCUAUCUAUCUAUCUAUCUAUCUAUCCGAAUCUGUUCAUUAUCUAUCUAUCUAUCUAUCUAUCUAUCUAUCUAUCUAUCUAUCUAUCUAUCUAUCCGAAUCUGUUCAUUAUCUAUCUAUCUAUCUAUCUAUCUAUCUAUCUAUCUAUCUAUCUAUCCGAAUCUGUUCAUUAUCUAUCUAUCUAUCUAUCUAUCUAUCUAUCUAUCUAUCUAUCUAUAUUCAUUUUUUCCUUUUCAUUUCUCUCUUUCUUCUUUUUUGAAUAAUGCCUGCAUUCUGAAUCUAUCUAUCUAUCUAUCUAUCUAUCUAUCUAUCUAUCUAUCUAUCUAUCUAUCUAUCUAUCUAUCGUUGUCUCUGUACAUCUGUCUGUCUGUCUAUCUAAGUCUGUUAAUAUCUAUCUCUAUAUCUAUCUAUCGCUGUAUGUGUACAUUUAUCUAUCUAUCUAUCUAUCUAUCUAUCUAUCUAUCUAUCUAUCUAUCUAUCUAUCGUCUGUCUAUGUCUGUUAUUAUCUAUCUAUCUAUCUAUCUAUCUAUCUAUCUAUCUAUCUGUCGUUGUCCCUCUGCAUGUGUACAUCUAUCUAUCUAUCUAUCUAUCUAUCUAUCUAUCUAUCUAUCUAUCUAUCUAUCUAAACGAAGUUACCGAAAUGAUGUUGUUUCGAAUUUAUUGCUUAAUCCCAAUAUAUUGGUCUCACUUUCUUUCUCUUUCUCUUUUGCUCUCUCUCCAUCUCUCACUCUCUCUUUAUCUAUCUAUCUAUCUAUCUAUCUAUCUAUCUAUCUAUCUAUCUAUCUAUCUAUCUAUCUCAGUCUGUUAAUAUCUAUCUAUCUCAGUCUGUUAACAUCUAUCUAUCUAUCUAUCUAUCUAUCUAUCUAUCUAUCUAUCUAUCUAUCGAAAUGCAUGUGA